CAAUCGGAGCUGGUAUUGGCUUUUAUUUUUUUAAAGUGCGUUCGGCCAUUGCCCUGGAUCACCCGCACACGCGCACGCGUCUCCGGCCGCGCUCACACACACUCAUACACGCACGCAAACGCGUGGCCGGCGCCAGGUCUGCAACUUUGUGGGGCGCUCCCGGCGGAGCUCGGCUUCCUCCUGUAGUAGUUGGGCGCAGGCCCCGCCUCCCAGUCGUGUUGUCAAACGGGCGGGGGUCUCGGAUUGGUCCAGCCGCUGGGACAACACCUGCUCGACUCCUUCAUUCAAGUGACACCAGAGCUUCCAGGGAUAUUUGAGGCACCAUCCCUGCCAUUGCCCGGCACUCGCGGCGCUGCUAACGGCCUGGUCACAUGCUCUCCAGAGAGCUACGGGAGGGCGCUGGGUAACCUCUAUCCGAGCGGCGGCCGCGAGGAGGAGGGAAAAGGAGAGCAAGGAGGAAGAGUGGGAGGAGGAGGGGAAGCGGCCAAGGAGGAGGAAGAAGAGGAGGAGAGCACAAAGAAUCCAGGUCUCCGGGCGGGAGGUUUACACACAGAACCAUGUGUUCCGAGCGGCUGGGCCAGUUCGUGACCCUGGCUUUGGUAUUGGCCACCUUCGACCCGGCGCGGGGGACCGACGCCACCAACCCGCCAGAGAGUCCCCAAGACAGGGGCUCCCAGCAGAAAGGCCGCCUGUCCCUGCAGAACACAGCGGAAAUUCAACACUGUUUGGUCAACGCUGGCGAUGUGGGGUGUGGUGUGUUUGAAUGUUUCGAGAACAACUCUUGUGAGAUUCGAGGCUUACAUGGGAUUUGCAUGACUUUUCUGCACAACGCUGGAAAAUUUGAUGCCCAGGGCAAGUCAUUCAUCAAAGAUGCCUUGAAGUGUAAGGCCCAUGCUUUGCGGCACAGGUUCGGCUGCAUAAGCCGGAAGUGCCCUGCCAUUAAGGAAAUGGUGUUCCAGUUACAGCGGGAAUGCUACCUCAAACACGACCUGUGCUCUGCCGCCCAGGAGAACACGCGGGUGAUGGUGGAGAUGAUUCACUUCAAGGACUUACUGCUGCAUGAACCGUACGUGGACCUGGUGAACCUGCUGCUGACGUGCGGGGAAGAGGUGAAGGAGGCCGUCACCCACAGCGUGCAGGCACAGUGCGAGCAGAACUGGGGAGGCCUGUGCUCCAUCUUGAGCUUCUGUACCUCGGCCAUCCAGAGGCCCCCCACGGUGUCCCCUGAGCGUCUGCUCCAGGCAGACAGAGCCAAGCUCUCCAGGGCCCGCCACGGGGAGGCAGAUCAGCCCCUCUCAGGGCCCAGCAGUCGGGAGACCGGCAGAGGUGCCAAGGGAGAGCAAGGUAGCAAAAGCCACCCAAACACCCAUGCCCAGGGCCGAGCCGCCAGCCAUGGGGGCCAGGGGACUUCUGGAAGCAGCGAGUGGGAGGAGGCACAGUCUGAGUAUUCCAACAUCCGGAGGUGAAACGGAAGGCCUGGCCGGGAAACCUUUCCUCCAUGCCGUCCAUUUUCUUCUCUAUGGACAUUCCAAAACAUUUGCCAUUAAAGAGGGGGGAUGUCUACACGCAGGAUUUGGUGGGGAUUGCGGACUUGAUGCAGGUGUGUGCUAGCGGAACGAACAGGUGAGGCAGAGGCGACCUGGGCAGCAGCGAGGUCUCAGCUGGGCCCGCGGAGGGUUCCCAGACUUGCACAUCCCUAAGCGAGCGUGCACGCGGCCUCCGUGCAACUUUGUCUUCUUUCCAUCCGUGGAGCCUCUGGGCGGCGGCCCGCGGUGUGCUCUGCUGUGGGGGAGUUGGGCCGGGGAAGGGCAGGGGUCAGACUGGACCGCACACUCGGUGCUGGGCUCCAGGCCCGCAGCUUCUGGUGCUGUCUUGGCAGAGGGCAGGCUGGAUCCGGGUGCAGCAGUGAAUGUGAAACCCGCCCUGGGAGUCAGAAGGGUGGAAAGGAGAUGGGGGCUGCGUGGAUGCUUGGUGCCAAAUGGAAGUUCAGUUUCUUGCAUGGGACCUUGAGGUUUGGAGCUGCUGGGGAUGGGGAGGGCAAGGGUUCUAAGUGUAAUUUCUGAGCCAUUGUUCCGUCUGGGGGAACCAUGUCCGAGGGAGUGGUCCCUGUGUGUCUGUAUAUUAACCACUGCUUCGAAUCUCUAUUUCACUUUUUUAUUUAUCCACUUACAUCUACAUACCUGUCGUCUAAAUAAAUGGCUUUUGAACAAAGCAACUGGGUCAUUAAAACCAGCUCAAAGGAAAAAGAAAUACAGCCCAUCUUUUGGGGAUGAUUUUUUUUUUCUUUUGAGUGCUCUUUUAAAAGGAAUCAAAGAGCGAUGUAGCCAUGUGUCUGCCUGCCCAGCGUGGGCUCGCAGCCACUCAGAGCAAACCACAUCUCUGGAGGAAAAUGCACACGUGAGAAGUACAUUUGACAGAUUUUUUUUCCUUAGCAUUUGGUUACCCCACCUUGACCCUCAGCCAAGAUCGAUAAAGCCUUGUACCUGAUGCCUUGAGGCCAAGUCGGAAAUAGGGCUUCUCGGUGUGCAGGACGGAAAGGGGGGGAAGAGAGCAGAGGGGGCUGUGGUUUCUAGCAGGGAAGGCUGACCUUUUACAUAAAUGGAGGAGACCGCCAGGAAGCACUGAGGGACAGGAUUUUCCAGAUCCGGACUGGGAAUGUAACAAUGAAGAAAGCAGUCCGAGUGGACAAAAUAAAGGCAGAGAGGAGGGACAGAGCUAAAAAUCCAAGGCAAGGAGCGGGGAGUGGGAAGAGGACUGUAACAAAGGGUCAGCAGAAUGGGGUUCUUGGGGUUGUUCAAAACGUUCCACAGAUAGGCCUUUUCUUUCUUGCCUACUGAGUUAUCAAUAUUAAAGCUUCUCUCUCGCAGCUAGUACUCAAACAGGAGGCCAGGAUUACAAGAUGUAGACAGGUGAUCUGGGCCAGUUCCUUCUAGAGCAGUGGUCAGCAAACUUUUUCUGUAAAGGUCCAGAGAGUAAAUUACACUGUUUUUCAUUUGGCGGGUCAUGCAGUUUCUGUCCCAAGUACUCCCCUCUGUCACUGUGGCCGAAAAGCAGGCAUAUAUAACACAACAUGUCACCAACAGGCCUGGCUCUGCUCCAGUAAGAUUGCAUUUAACAGGUGCCCACCUGGAUCUGGCUCUUGGGCCCGAGUUUUGGGACCCCCAUUCUAGUGAGCUGGCAAAAAAGUAUGCACCCUCCAUUUGAUCAGCUUAUAGCUCUCCCUCGAAGCGACCCAAGGCCAGAGAUAAAGAAGCUAAAUUUAUCUGCUCUAAUUUGUUCCAGGGAAUGCCCUUACCCAAAACCCGGCUAGUGUUUUUAUUACCCCAAACCCAAGCUCAUCAGUGCCAGGACAUGCUGCUGCUGGAAGGUCAGCUCCCCAAUCUUCCAUGAUCCAGGUUAGAAAGAAACCAUUUGGGUGUGGGGGGGGAGUGGGGAGGGGACAAAAUGCUGGGAGAAGCACCUAAAAAGAGAGCUGCAGAAAGCAAGAGAGAUGGUGCGCUUAAUCCCACUCUGCCCUCGGGGGAAGGAGGACGGGUGUGUCAGGCUCUGCCAUGGGAACCGAACGUAAACCGUGGCUGUCUCAUGCCAUGGACCACUGCAGCACGUUACUGUUUUACUUACAUCACUCAAAAGCUGAAGCAAUAACAUUCUCCCGCGUUGCUGGGUCAGCUGUUCAUUUGUUCACCGGCUCCUGGGCUGGAUGUGUGAAAGGCAUCACUUUUAUAUUUUCCUCAGUGUAAAUGUCUUAUGUGUUCACCUACUGAUGUCCCAUUUGUUGCUUCUAUUGUAAAUAUUUGUCAUUUGUAUUUAUUAUUUCAAGUGUUUUCCCCCAAGGCAUAAAAUGGCUUACUGUGUUCAUUUGAACCCUGUCACUGA